AGAGACGCCUCGUCCACUUGCAGCCCGAGAGGCUUUGCUUUGCACCCUCGGCUAUUCAUUUUGCACACAAGGGUCGGAGACAUUGUUUGGCUAGGGUACGCAAUGUGAAUCUCGGGGUACAGCGACCCGGUCUGCUGCCCAGUGAGCUCAUCGGGAUAUCUAGAGCGGUGCAUUGUUAUCGUCUUGCGGCGUCCCCCGCUGCGUGAACGGAAGACCAGUUAACACUCACCGCGUACACAACACUACAGCGUGAGGGCGUGGCGCGUCGACACGCAUCUCUAGCUCAUACCGGUGCAUGAAGCGCCCUGAAGCUCGUUGUGGACGAGGGGAUGGAGCAGUAGCGAAACCCACAACUACAGGAACGUGGAAUAAUUCUUGAAGCAGACAACUUUCAUUAUGACUUCAUACAAUACGUCUUUAGCUGAAAACAGCAGCUGUUUAUAUGGACUUAUCUUGCCGGUUCUCAACGACGAUGAAUGGAAUCCUGUCGUGCGGACCAUCUUAUAUCUGGCCGGUAUGCUCUGGUGUUUUCUCGGAGUGGCCAUCGUAGCCGACGUGUUCAUGUGUUCCAUAGAGCGCAUCACCAGUAAGACGAGGAAGGUCUUGAUCGCGGACGAGAAUUCCGAGACAGGAUACCAAGAGGUGGAGGUUCGGGUUUGGAACGACACCGUUGCCAACCUCAGUUUGUUGGCUAUGGGAACAAGCGCUCCGGAGAUCCUUCUGUCCGUCAUCGAGAUACUGGGCAACAAGUUUAAAGCUGGAGAGCUUGGGCCGUCAACCAUCGUGGGAUCGGCAGCUUUCAACUUGCUCUGCAUCACUGCCAUUUGCAUCGUAGCUAUCCCGGCUGGAGAGGUCCGUCGUAUCAAAAGCUUCAAGGUGUACAUUGUAACGGCUAUAUCUUGUAUCUGGGCCUACGUCUGGCUGAUCAUCGUGCUGCUGGUGAGCUCCCCUAACGAAGUGGAGCUAUGGGAAGCCAUCAUCACCUUGCUCUUCUUCCCAACACUUAUUGUCAUCGCCUACUUGGCUGACAGAAACUGCUGCAUAGGCAAACAGAAAAGUCACGAGGUUAACAACGUGGAAAUUGGUCUCAAUACAAAAGCUGCCAUGGAUGAGGAAGAACAGACUGAAGGUAUAGACAGAAAGGAUGUCGGCAGAUCCAGCAUCAUUUCCAUUGCUCAGGACCUAGGAAAACAUAAGGAACUUUCUGACAAGAAAGCCGCCAAACUUGCAGCCUACAAACUAUCAGAAGAUAAGGGACAUGACCGAGGAUGGCAUCGGAUCGCCGCCACCAGGUCUAUUACCGGUGGAAAAAGACUCCUACCUAUGGCUGUCAAUGCCUUCCGACAGCUUCACUCUGAGGUUCAGAUGACAGAAGAAGAAAAGAACUCUCCCAUGGCUAAAUUGAUCCGUCUGGAUUUGGGCGAAGGAGGAACAAAACCGGUUGUGGAAUUUACGGCCGCUUCAUGUGCUGUCCUGGAAAGUGACAAGAAGGUCCGCGUUGGUAUCAAGCGUUAUGGGAAGAUGAAUGUACCCGUCACUGUGACAGUGGAGACUAUUGAUGGUACCGCCUUGGCUAACGAGGACUACAAACCUGUGAAACAAAACUUGACGUUUGUGGAGAACGAGAAACUCAAGGAACUCUAUGUCGAGAUUAUCGAUGAUUACGAGUGGGAACCCGAUGAGUUCUUCUUUGUCAAGUUGUCGUUGCCCAAAGAUUCCGAAGCUGUUGUGGGAAACAUCUCCAUCAACCAGGUCACAAUUAUUGACGAUGAUGAGCCCGGCAAACUGGAAUUCGGCUCUCCAUCUUAUGUGGUUAAGGAAAGUGAGAGGAAAGCUCUUAUUCCCGUCAGACGAUUUAAUGGCGCAGAUGGUCACGUGUCGAUUAAGUGGCGUUCCAAAAGCAUGUCCGCCGUUGAUGGAAAACAUUUCAAAGGUGGAGACGGACUUCUGGAAUUUGCACAUGGCGAAACUAUCAAAAUGAUUGAAAUUCCCAUCAUUACUACACAGGAACCGGAAAGAGACGACAGUUUUCAGCUGGAAUUAUCAGACACAACCGGGGGCGCUGAAAUCGGCCGACUGGCUCGUACCAUUGUUACAAUUGUGAACGAUGAUGAGUUUGAUGGUUUGGUGAGCAGAAUUGUGAACAUGACAGUAGCCAGCCUGGACGUCCUCAGGUUGGAUACGGGCAGCUGGGCGGACCAGUUCCAUGAUGCCAUGAACGUGAACGGCGGAGAGGUCGAUGAAGCCACUGCAUUCGACUAUAUCAUGCACUUCAUGACGUUCUGGUGGAAGGUGUUCUUUGCUUUUAUCCCUCCUACGUCAAUUGGUGGUGGCUGGCUAACGUUCAUUAUUUCGUUGUCUGUCAUUGGCCUCUUGACGGCCAUCAUUGGGGACCUUGCUACCGUAUUUGGCUGCCUAAUUGGUCUAAAACCAAGUGUGACAGCCAUUACGUUCGUGGCCUUGGGAACCAGUAUGCCUGACACAUUCGCCAGUAAGACAGCGGCGACAAUGGAGAAAACAGCCGACAGUUCUGUUGGUAACGUGACCGGAAGUAACUCCGUCAACGUCUUCCUAGGACUCGGUCUUCCGUGGGUAAUCGCUGCAAUCUACUGGACCGCAAAAGGCGAGCCAUUCGAGGUUAAGGCUGGAAGUCUUGGUUUCAGCGUCGUGUUGUAUACUGUUGCCGCAGUCCUCGCCAUUGUCUUGCUUUUCCUGCGUCGAAAGUUGGCUCUGUUUGGCAAUGCCGAGUUGGGCGGGCCUUUCGGUCCAAAGGUUGUCUCAGCAAUAGUGGUGUUUUUUCUGUGGAUUAUGUACGUAGUGCUCGCAUCGCUCCAGGCCCAUGAUCACAUCCAAGGCUUCUAGCAGCUUUCUGUUAAUUUGGAUACCUAAAAUAAAACUUUGUAAAUCAAUUUUGAGUAACAUUUUCUUCCAAGGAAAAGUUUAUUUAGGAAAAAUAAGUCAUAAUGGUUGAUUUUAAGAAGUUUCGGAAAGGACGGUUGAGCCUCCAUUUACCAUGCUGUGAAACUGAACAGAAAAAUGUGGUUGAUCGUUUGUUCAAGGAGUUUCUUCUAACGUCUGACGAUGGGUAGUUAUUGAAAACGUUGAGAACCGAAAAGAAGGAGAAGAAAGGCUGUUUGACAUAAGAGGAUCUCGCUUGAUUAGUUACGUAUUAAUAACACGCCUAUCCACCCUCCAUUUUACGAAUGGCAAGUUGUAAGAUAAAAUAAUCUGGACAAAAAUGGGAUUAAGUGAUAACUAAAAUAAGCAUGUUUAUCUGUAUUUUGUCUUAAAAGUGUUUCAAGGUCUCAGGCAUGUAUGAAAUUAUUCAACUGAACUGCUACAAUUGGUUAUGCAGCAUUGCUUUGAUGUGUGCGUUUAUUUAAAUGGUAAAUUGAUAUAGCAAAGGUAAUAUGUCAAGGCUAAGACUAAGCAUGUGAUCACGAUCACUGUUUCAGGUGUCAUGUGGUGUUGCACGUUACAGGGCACCUGCAAUUUAUCUGACCUCAGAUACAAUGUCAGACUUUGUAUUCCACCUGUUUUUUACUGUUGCUUCGUUUGUCACAGACCUGUGACCAGCACAGUGAUUUAGGGCUAUUUUUCCGGUUUGUACCUAUUCAUCCUCUUAUACCAUUCUUAUAUUGUUGCAACAUAACUCAUAUCAACUGUACAUAACUAAUUUCUACAAAAGUACUUUUGAAAUAAAUGUGAAAUUGGAUUAGGUUUGCCCAGGGCAAAUACAAUUUUAUUUUUUACCAUUUUGUGACAUGCAUGUAGUUUUUAUGUUUACUAUGCUUAAAAUUUUAUCUUUUCUAUGAUGUUGAUGAUGUCUGAAUAUUGCCAUUGGCGUUUAAUAUGCGUAAAGCACCAAAUAUAAGUAGACUAAGUUUUAUCCUUGAUAUUGUAGUUAGAUUUUAAUAAAUAUUUCAAUAUUUCCUUUACCUCUGGGUAGAAUAAUACUCAUGCCAAUAUAAAACUGUAGGCUGCUUUAGUGACCAAACCACGGCAUCAUUUAUUAGAUCUGUACCGAGUAAGUGAUGACACAUUCACCUUGUUUGAAGUGUGAAACUUUUAACGAUGAAUUACGUUACUGAUCUUCAAAUUUGCGACGGGUGCAUAGCGGAAUAGCAUACACUGAAGGCCGAUACUCUAAACCAAUUUUGGAUAUUCUAAAUAGAUUUUUGUUACAAAUUCAGUAUGUCUAAAAUAUAUUAAGUGAGCUUGUACCAUUUUGCAUUCAAUUAACUUAUUUUUUGUAACUAUUAUAAUAAAACAAAUAACCAUUUUA